AUAAAUCAACACUGUGAUGAAAACUGAUUCUGACAGAUGAGACACUAGUUAUAUUCAGAAGAGUACACAUCUGGUCUCAAGAUACCCUUCUGUAAAUUUUCAGUUUUCAAUGGAUGAAGAUGAACUGCCAAAUGAAGAUGAUGAAACCCCGACAUGGAUGAACAUUUCUGAAGGGCAGACGGUUCGAGAGGGACAGAAGCACAGAUCAAGACUGGCCUGUAACUUUAGUCGGCUGCCACAGUUGUCACGGGAACCGAGUACCUCCAGUACAGAUGGAGAACUACCAGCUUCACUUGCUCCAUGGAGUGCUAGCCCACCAUCAAGACAACCUGCCCCAUGCACACCACAUCCCCCAUUCAGACAACCUCCCCCAUGCACACCAUGUCGCCCAUCAAGACCACGUCCAAUUCUAGGUCGUGGUCAAGGAGACACCAAUAUCAAGACAGGUCAUGGAGAACCCAAUAUCGAGACAGAUCAUCAGCGGUCAGACCAGAUAGUACAAACUCUACAUGAGGGUUUGACCAACUUGGGAGUAAACCAUCAGUAUUUAUUUGCAAGUUACUCAGUGUCUGAAACAGCACCUGGUUUGUCGAACACACUGCCUAUUGAUCAUGAUGAUUCCAACUGUAGUUACCUUGGUGGAUUUGAUCCAUCUGACAAAGGAUUUGUGUCUGGUGUUGUAAAACCUGAUGGAAGUGAAGGUCCACUACAUCCAGAUCAGGAUCAUCAACAGCCCUUCAUGCCAUUCCAGAAAGAACAUCUCUUUAAGACUUGUAAUAAUAACAAUUCUAGACCUGUUGGAUGGAAAGGAAGUUAUGACCCCUGGACACAAGGUCCAGCUGUUUCCAAUGAGCCAGAGGACUACAGUGUGAAAGAAAAUCUAGAUGACCAGAAACAAUUUGGAUGGACAGGAAUGCACUCACAAUUUCCAAGUAUCUGGUCAUCACAUUUUAGCACUGGGAAGAACGACCCUGCUUUCUACCUAAAUGGAGUGGGAACAACUGAAAGUGAUGACACCAUAGAGGCAGAGUCCAUUCCAGAAGUAAACAAUCUGGGUGUGAAUGUUUCUAAGUCAGAAUAUGCAGAUUCCUCGUCUAGGAUAACUCUGAAGGGAAUGGAGGAAAGUAGGAACAUAGCACCUGUAGAAAGUGAAUCCAGUCAUACAAUAAGGAAUUUGGAUGUAAACGUUUUUAAAUCAGAACAUGCAGGUAACUCUGAUACUAUGACUGGAGUUGGAAUAGGAGGAGAAUCUAAUCAAACAAAUAGGAAUUUGUAUGAAUGGAAUUCAGAUUUGGAAUCUGCUGAGAGGACAGAUAAUAAGAUGGGUGCAGGAACAUCUAAUCUGACUGAAUUGAAUUUGGAUGUGGAUGUUUCUAAUUCGGAACAUGCAGAUAGCUCUGACGUUAUGACUGGAGUGGGAACAGGAGGGAAAUCCACUUCCACAAAAGAGAAUUUAGAUGAACAAAGUUUAAAUCUGGAACCUGCAGACAGCACUGAUAGUAAGAUAGGUGUGGGAACAGCUGGAAGUGGUAAAACUGUAAAAUACACAUCUAAUCUGACUGAAUUGAAUUUGGAUGUGAAUGUUUCUAAAUCAAAAGAUGAAGACUGUACUAGAAGUUGCAGCAUUGAUGUAAGGCCAAGCAAGAUGAUAACUGAUUCUAGCAGUAUCAGCAUGUCUGGAGAAGAAACAACUGAGAGUGAUCCUACUGUAGACAAACAAACAAAUCUGAUGCCAGGGAAUUUAGAUCAAAAUGUUUUCCACUCAGAAGACGCAGAGAGCAUCAAAAGUUGUGGCAAUUUAUUAGACCCACUUCAGGUGACAAAUGACAACACUACUUAUGUAGAAACCAUAACUGACCAUACCAGUACAGACAUGACUGGGGGAAAAACAACUGACAGUGAUCAGACUGUAGACAAACAAACAAAUCUGAUGACGGAGAAUUUAGAACCAAAUGUUUCCAGUUCAGAAGAUGCAGACAGCACCGAAAAUUGUGGCAGGUUAGUAGGCCUGCAUCAGGUGACAAAUGACAGUACUACUUGUACAGAAACCAUAACUGACACUAAAAGUAUGAAUAUGACUGGGGAAAAAACAACUGAAAGUGAUCCUACUGUAGACAAACUAACAAAUCUGAUGACAGAGAAUUUAGAACCAAGUGUUUCCAGCUCAGAAGACGCAGACAGCUUCAAAAGUUGUGGCAGUUUUGUUGACUCACAUCAGGUGACAAAUGACAACACUACUUCUGUAGAAACCGUAACUGACACUAACAGUGCAAACAUGACUGACGAAAAAACAAGUGUAAGUGAUCUUACUGUAGAUAAACAAACAAAUCUGAUGCCAGAGAAUUUAGACCCAAAUGUUUCCAGCUCAGAAGACGCAGACAGUUUCAGAAGUUGUGGUAGUUUUGUAGACUCGCAUCAGGUGACAAAUGACAACACUACUUCUGUAGAAACCAUAACUGACGCUAACAGUACAAACAUGCCUGGGGAAAAAACAACUGUAAGUGAUCAGACAGUAGACAAACAAACAAAUCUGAUGACAGAGAAUUUAGAACCAAAUGUUUCCAGUUCAGAAGAUGCAGACAGCACCGAAAAUUGUGGCAGGUUAGUAGGCCUGCAUCAGGUGAUAAAUGACAGUACUACUUGUACAGAAACCAUAACUGACACUAAAAGUAUGAAUAUGACUAGGGAAAAAACAACUGAAAGUGAUCCUACUGUAGACAAACUAACAAAUCUGAUGACAGAGAAUUUAGAACCAAGUGUUUCCAGCUCAGAAGACGCAGACAGCUUCAAAAGUUGUGGCAAUUUUGUAGACUCGCAUCAGGUGACAAAUGACAACACUACUUCUGUAGAAACCAUAACUGACACUAACAGUACAAACAUGACUGGGGAAAAAACAACUGUAAAUGAUCAGACAGUAGACAAACAAACAAAUCUGAUGACGGAGAAUUUAGAACCAAAUGUUUCCAGCUCAGAAGAUGCAGACAGCACCGAAAAUUGUGUCAGUUCAGAAGACUCCUUUACAAUGACAAAUGACAGCACUGAUUAUGCUGAAGCUAUAACAUCAUUGACCGAGAGGCUUGGAGAUUUAGGAAUCGAUGCCAGGAACCAAACACAAAUAGAAAGUUUUAACCCUGUUGAAGAUCCUUUUAAUGUCAGAAAUUCCAAUUUUGAAAUAUCUAGUUUGCAGACUAUAAACAAUACAAACAAAAUGGAUGAAUCUGAACUGCAGGCGAAAUAUUUAGAAUCUGGAACAGAGAGUUCCAAUGACCUGUCCUUGACCUGUGGCUAUUCCAAAGAUGUUGCAUCAAGUCAAAAACAGAAAAAUGCAACAAAAUUGUCUCCAGCUGCUUUGGAAAAAAUCGACCAGCUAAUCGGUGUAAACAUGUUUGAAUUUUCUAAUUCAGGUAAGCAAGAAUCAACAUCUAGGAAGAGUCUGUCCAUUGAAAAUGAUUCUAACAAGAGAACAGUUGUCUUUGAUGUUGCCAAUGCAAGUCCAUCCAUAUCAGAAACCUCAGAUACAAGUUUCAACUUUGAGGAUGAUGUACCUAGCAGAAAGCGGUCAGACUUGGUACAGGAAGGCAAUAUUAAUGGUUCUCAGAGUAUUGUGGAUGGAUUAACCAAAUCACAUCAACUUCCAGAAUGUUGCAAACAAGAAGUUCCAGAUUAUUCUACCCUGCAAGCAGCAAAUUGCUCACCAACUUCAGAACCAGACAUAUCUGAUUUGUAUCACAGUGUGUCUUUGUCAGAAAUUCAUACUGGUCAAAGACUGCUGGAAAAUUAUUGUGACAGAGGGUCUGCAUCAGUCCUUGAUGAGAAUGUGGAGGUGGAUGCAUCACACACUGAAGUGUCUGGAAUACAGAACACUGGGGCAGAAUCUUCUCAACGUACAGGAGCGUCUGGAACACUGACAGAUUAUAUUCACAGUGUUGAAAUGAAGGCUCCUUUCACUUCAGUUAAAUCUGAUGAUGAUGAUGAUGAUCAGAUGGAGGAGCUGGAUGUAGAACACAGGACAUCUGGCAAAGAAAAAUUGUUACCAGUAACCAAGUCAGAUGAUAAAAUGACUGAACUGAAUAUGGAAAGAGGUGACUCUGUUGAAGAGAAUGUAUCCAUUUGGGCUAAGUCAGAAGAGGAAAAGUUGCAGUUGGAUAUGAAAAGCAGAGAGUCUAAUAAAGAGAAAAUGUUGUGGAAUUCUCUCCUAUCCACAGGAAAAGCUCAGAAUACUUCUACCAAAACUCCAUCAAAGCUGGUAAACACACAUGCAUUCGCAGAAGGACAUUUGGGUGCCAGUCCAUCCAUUCUAAGUCGAGAUACCAAAGAUGUUCUUGCAGCUAAUUCCAAGACCACAAGCAGUCAAGGUAUGGAGACAGGUUUGUCUCCACCCAUGGGAACUGUUGAUCCUCCUGCACAUAUGCAGAGUGGUCAGAUAAAUGACUUUAAGCUCAUUAAUCCAAGAAGCCAUCAAGUCCAGACACCAACUGGCAUGAAGACACAUGCCCCAGGUCUGGGUGAAAGUUCGAAAGAUGCUCAGAGUGCCUAUCAAGAGGAACCACACAACUUGACAUCAGUUGCUUCUGUUCAGACUACAAGAUUGAAGAACACACCUAAUCAUCAGCAACACAAACCUAUCGGCUUGUUGCCAGUUACUACUGAUACGACAAGAGUUUUACAGAAAGCACCAAAGCAUGCUGCAUCAGUUGAUUCGGAAUCACCUAUACGGUCUGCUUCCAGUACAAAGCAUUUACCACAUAUUCCAGUAUCAAAACUGGACCUGCAGACAAAAGGGUCAUCAAGUCCAUUGUAUAAACUGGACGUGGAUUCUAAACUUCCAUCAGAUUUAAAUCCAGAAGCUGCAAGACAUUUUGGUGAGGGUUGUGAAAAGUCUGAUCUCUUUGGUGGUUCUACUACGCAGGCUGCUGACACCACUGGUAUGACUCAAAGGAUGAAUUCAUCACCUUACUCAUCUUUUACUGGUAGCUCGUUUGUGAAUGACAAACUCCUGCAGUCUAAUCUUGUAUCCCCCAAGCCUGUGACUGACUUGAGGAACACAGAGUCCAGAGCUAUGACACCUACAUGUACAUCAGGACAUAACGAUUUUCAGGAAAACAACAGUACAGAUAUUGACUCGACUGACAAAGAAUUUGACGAUAACCCGAUAGAAUUUGACUCGAGUUACAAGGAAUCUGAUGGAAAUCAGACCGAUUCCGACUCAAGUAGCAGUUAUUUCGAGGAUGAGUCAAAUUGGAAAGAUCAGUCUGCUUAUUCUGAUCAGCUGGACUCCACCACCGGUCUGAGUGCCGGGGUGCAACAGCUCGUAGAAGGAUUGAAUACGGAAUCCAUGCCAAUGGACAACAAAGAAGGUGAUGUCGUGUCUUGCGUAGAUCAGCCCAUGUUGGAAGCUGCAGGUGGAGAGAUUGGAGACAUGGUAUCGGCUAAUACAUCUACAGCUGUCACCUUGACGUCUGAGAACAGGAUUAUUCCGAUCAGUAUGAUGAUGGGUGAUGCCAAAAACAGCAAAAUGAUCUUCAACAUGAUUGUCCCUGAGGCUGCCAACAAGACAGGUCACCGAUCUGACAAUAUUAUAGACCAGACUGUGCGUGAACUGGAUUUUGAGAAGGAACUUUUCGCGAAGACCUCAAGUUACAAUGUGGCAGAAGAGCUACUGAAAGACAAAGGAGUUAUCUUUCUUGUUGGACCUCCUGGCUCAGGAAAAACGCUGAUGGCACGAAAGCUCGCUAAAUCUGUUUGUAGAUCAGAUCGUGAUAACGUGUGGAUACCGCUCUGUUUAAAGUCUCCGCGUGAGUGGCGAGAACAUGUGCGACCAGACAGCCAUCAAGUUAUUUUGAUGGAAGACAUCUUCGGUUUUAACGACUUUGAUAAGAAAGCAUUUUCAAAGUGGAAAAUACUAAACAUGGAGUCUAUGCUAGAUGCAAAAACCAAAAGAAUAAUUUUUACUCUCCGCAUGCAUGUGCUUAGGGAAGCAUUGCCUCAUCUUGAAAAGUUUCCAUUGUUUAACUGGACUCGAGUUGUCGACAUUGUCCAGGAGCUUGACGACGGAAAAUUAAGUGUUCGUGAAAAAAGCGCAAUGCUGUCUAAACAUAUAAAACAUCAUAAUUUGAAUGAUAAAAUUGGAAUGGACAUUGUUAAGGCCAUAAUAAGCUCAGACACAUUAUCUAAUUUUCCUAGUUGUUGCAAAUUCUUUUGCCAAGAUCGACGUUUACAUACGGUAGACAAUGCUGUCCAUUUCUUUAACAACCCUGUUGAGUAUUUUGAAAAAGAAAUCUGUCUGUUGUAUAAUGAGGAGAACAAGACAAAAUUUGGAGCGCUUCUUCUCACCAUGGUAACGAGCGGAAUGUUAGACACUCGUCUUCUGAACGACAACAAGAAAUCUGACCUGCAUGAUGAAAUGCGACGUCAUUUAAAGGCAGUUGGAAUUUCCACCAGUGUCACAUUUGCGACAAUAAAAUGCUCAGCAACUCAUCUCAUUUUAACCUACCUGACUAGGAAUUCUGAUCAUUUUGUUUUCACACAUCCAUCGAUUCACGACGCCGUUUCCAUGGUUUAUGGCAAGAAUCAUUCCGAGUAUUUGCUCCAAGUUUGCACCGUGUCGUUCCUGCAUCAGUACGUGAUCGUCUCGGACCAUCCACUGGCGAACAGGCAGAAGCUGACACUUAAACCCAAUGAUCCCGGUCUUAUACAGCGGUUUAUCAAGGAGAUUAAAGAUGGACGGCCGGUUCAUGUGUGCAAGCAUCAGGCUCUAUCCCAUAAGGUGUUCGUUUGUCAUUUUAUAAAGACUUGUGAAGAAAUAAGGGAGCUCAACUUGCUGACGUCUAUACCAACAGAUUGCCACAUGCCAUUGCUGUACUGGGCCAUUUGGAGUGAUCGUUGUAUUUUCUUUAAGGCGAUCUUAGAACAAUACAAGAAGCAAAAGAAAAAACUGGAGCCAAACGUCAUCUACCAGAUUGCAAAUGGCUGCUGUAUUUGUUGUAAUAUUGAAGUCAUGGAUCUCCUUCAUAAAUGUCUGAAACUUGACAUAUUUAAAAUACCUUCGCUAGCUAUUCCAGUGCCGUUUGAAAAUUCUCUCGCCUCCAAGAAACUAGUCGCCGACGCAGAUAUAACAAGUGAUUACGUUGCACAUGCUGGGAAGCUCAUUCAUGUUGCAUGUUUCCACGGUAAUGAUGAAAUGGUGGUGUUCCUCCUGACUACAGCUAAUUCAGACGCAUCCUACAUUAAUAUGCAGGACGAAUUUGGCAGGACGCCAUGUCACAUAGCUGCGAAGUGUGGGCACCUGAAAGUAUUUCAGACUUUAAUGAAAAACAGAUGCAGUCUGUCCAUUCCCAGUAAAACAGGUAAUCUACCAAUCCACGAAGCCUGUUCCGGUGGGCACACCGAUAUCGUUAGGAUGAUUCUAGACGUCCAUCCUCACCACUUGUUUGAGAAAGGAACAGAUGAGCUCACCCCUCUUCAUGUUGCAGUCCUCCGCUCUAAUGCCCUGUUGGUGGAAUGGCUGAUGGACCUGGAACAUGGUCGUAGGGUCACGAAUCUUGACCAUGGGCAUGCAGAUCGGGAACAUGGACAUAUGAUGACAGAUCGGGAACAUGGACACAUGAUGGCAGAUCGGGAACAUGGACAUAUGAUGGCAGAUCGGGAACAUGGACACAUGGUGACAGACCCAUAUCGUGCCAGCUCGCUGAUUCACCUGGCCUGCACCAGACCGAGAAACUCUCAAGUGCUGAGGAUGUUGUGUGAAAAGUUUCAGAACGGCAUAGACCAAGAAGAUUACUUUCUGAAAGCUUCACAACAAAUCAACACUCCUCUUCAUGUCAUCUGUGAUAGGUCGGCUGACGUGGAGAUGGUUGAGACGUUGAUCGAGUUUGGGGUCUGUGUGAACAAGGUGAACGUCAAACACCAGACGGCCCUUCAUCUGGCCUGCAGAAAUACAAGGUGCAGCGUUCGCUUGGUGGAGACGUUGAUCAAGCACAAAUUGAAUGUGUUUGUUAAAGACUUUGAUGGGCAAACGGCCUUAGAUUAUGCUUCCAGCAACGAAGAUGUGAAAAAAAUACUUGCAAAACAUUAUGUUUCCUUGAUCGAUUACAAUUGAAAAUGUAUCCGUUGUUUGGGACUUUGAUGGGUGAACGGUCUUAGAUUAUGCUUCCAUGAAAGAAGAUGUCACAAAAUACUUGCAAAAUAUUGUUUCAGUGAUUGAUUAGAAUUGAAAAUGUAUCCGUUUUUUGUCAGGUGCUGAUUCUGGCAGAGUCCCAAAGGGCUCAUGCCCUCUCUAUUUUAGUCAAAUAAAGUAAUUACAAAAUACACAUUAUCCCGUCCACCUGUUAAGGACCUUUAAAUUCUGUGUUCAUGUUUUGGGUCCCCUCUAUUAAAAAUCAUGGAUUCGUGCUUGCGUUUGUCUCUGCCAAUGUGAAGUGACCUUAAUGGAUUGUCGUAAAAAAAAGUUUUCUAUGUCUCUUGUCAUAAUUAUUGAUUAUAAUUGGAAAUUUAUCUGUUUGUCUCUACCAAUGUCAUGUGACCAUAAUUGACGACAUAAAAAAAAGGUUUUCUGUG